AUGAACUCCACUUAUCUUGAAAAACAAAUAUACAUUUUAAAGAAAUGUCAAUUACUGGAAGAAAAAGAAGUAAAGCGAUUAUGUAACGCGGCAAAGGUGCUACUAAUAAAGGAAGAAAAUAUUAGAAAUGUAAAUAUACCAGUAAUCAUAUGCGGAGAUAUACAUGGCCAGUUUCAUGAUUUAACUGAACUCUUUAACAUAGGUAAUGAAUUACCAUAUAUUAAUUAUAUAUUUUUAGGUGACUACGUAGAUAGAGGUAAAUAUAGCAUAGAAACAUUUUUAUUAUUAUUAGCAUUAAAGUUAAGGUAUCCUGACCAAAUAACUUUAAUAAGAGGAAAUCAUGAGAGUAGACAAAUUACUGAAGUGUACGGUUUUUAUGAUGAAUGCAUAAAAAAAUAUGGUUCAGUUAAUGUAUGGAAAUACUGUACCGAUGUUUUUGAUUAUCUUUCAGUCGGUGCUUUAAUUGAAAAUAAUUAUUUUUGUAUACAUGGAGGAUUAUCACCAUCUUUUAAUAAAAUUGAUGAAUUAAGAGAAAUAAAAAGAUUUCAAGAAAUUCCAAGAUAUGGUUCUUUAUGUGAUAUUAUGUGGUCAGAUCCAUCUGAUAAAAAUGGAUGGGAUAAAAGUCCAAGAGGUGCAGGACAUUUAUUUGGACCUGACAUUGUACAGAAAUUCUGUUAUGUUAAUAAUAUUGAAAUUAUUGCUAGAGCACACCAACUUGUUAUGGAAGGAUACAAAUGGUGGUUUGAUAAAAAGUUAAUCACUAUAUGGUCAGCUCCAAAUUAUUGCUAUCGAUGUGGAAAUAUAGCUAGCAUAAUGGAAAUUGAUGAAAACUCAUCCUUUCAGUUUAAAUGUUUCGGUCCAUCCACUAUUGAAAACGCUGCAAACGAAUUUGUUAAGAAGCAGCCACCUAUAUACUUCUCCUGA